CAAGCAGACACGAGAAAUGUGACGCGCGAGCAAAGUAAGAAACUGAUUCAUGACCGCGCAGAUGCAUCUCCUUAUACACGUCAAGAGCCGAAGCGGAGCAAGAGAUGAUGCGCGCUUUUCCAUACCCACAUCUCCACGCUUUAAGGGAGCAGAUGCAGUUCUGGACUGGAUGUUGUCGAGGUACCCAUGCAAGUGAGGCUGUCAUUCGGCCAUAUCGGAGGGAAGAUCCUGGCCGUGGAACCUGAGGCCGACGCGCCGCUGCCCAAUGCCUCCCCGCCACAUCAACCCGUUCCUUUUGAUGAUUUGCAUAGUCCACGAUCAUGGCCGGACCUGCUCUUCGACGUCACUGUUGAAUCUGAGAAUCUGCCGUCGUCGAAGCUUUCCUGCAACCGCCACACCCGCUCGGUACCCAUUUGCCGGCAUCCCAAGAUCAGCAGGUCAGGCUGCUAUUCCUGCUCGCUCCGUCCGCCAAUUCAUUUGCUCUACACGUGUGAUACUGGGUUGAUCACGCUGCGGAUGCCCACGCUGAGCAUGGCCGAUCACGCCUGUCGCACGGGGCACUACGAUAAGCUCCGACGUCUGCGUUCGCCAGCACGUCUCCCACGUCAGCCGGAUGGGCUCGCCAGCCACCGUCCGAGAUAGUCCGAACGAAGACAUUCGAAGCUAGCAGUGUGUCGAUGUGUGGGAACCAGCCACCCUGCGUGAUGGCAAUGUAACACACUCGGUCC